AAUAUAUUUACUACUGAAUACUUGCUUUUAAGCAAUAAUACCGGACAAAAACAUUCUCGUAUUCGAAACAUUUAUACACCGCCGAACGAUCGUUUUCGAUCUGUAUCUUAUAAAAUCGUUACCGCCACUCGAACUCACAAUAUAUUAUUACGGAAAUAGUGAAAGGCAAUUAAACGGAAUAGGAAUCGGAACGCGCUAGAAGGUGUAAACGAAUUAUAUGGAGAAAAUAUUCAUAUCAUCGCUCUCAUUAAUCAACUAAUUACGAUCUACAGUUCGAUUGUUUUUCCAGUAAAGAAGAAGAACCAAUUACGUAUCAAAGAUAUUACAACUAGACGCCAACAGAACAUGUCUCUCGGGCGUGUGUCAGGGAUACGGAAUAGUAUGCUCAGGGAGCUAGCAAAGAAGGUGACGGUGCCGAAGCUCGUAAAGAAAUCAAGCAAGAGCCGCUCGUUCCAUUUCCGCUAUCUGGAACUAUGUCGCAACAAGAACCUGACACCGCUGGCUGAGAUACGCAAAAAGUCAAAUGAGACCACACUUCUAGAGUUCUAUGCCGACAAGCUGACCGUGAGCGACUGGCUCCUCAUCAUCGAGGCCAUUCACCAUGACUUGACUUUGAAGACCUUAGUGCUGCGCAUGCGUCGCACCUAUGAGCACAAUACAAUUGAUCCCAUCGACACGGAGAAUCGUGCCCGACGCUUUACCCAGCGUCCCGUGAUAUUUACGCGCUUUAUUUUCCGUGCCCUCGUCCAGGCCAUCUCAAAUUGUGUUUUGAGCAACAAGAAUCUCACAGUGGUCAAGUUGGAGGGUCUUCCCCUUUAUGAAGGAUACAUCGAGGGCAUUGCCAAGUCGCUGUCCGGCAACGAACACCUGGAGACAUUGAGCUUCCGCAAGUCCACGCUCGGGGACAAGGGGUGUCAACUGGUUUGCAAUACAGCCAAGUACCUCAACCGGAUAACAAUAGUCGAUCUAUCCGAGUGCAACAUCACUUGCAAAGGGGCCGUUUACGUGGCCGAAAUGAUAAAGAUGCAAAAGAUUUCACGUUUCACGGAGGGGUGGGAGAAAUCGUUGCGCUACCAGACUCCCGAUAUGAACUCAUUGUUGGGCUUGCGCACAGUUCUUCUAGCGAACAAUCCCAAUAUUGGGGACCAAGGCCUCUCAAGCAUCGUCGAGGUGCUGAAGGAGGAUGCCUGGAUAAAGGUCGUCGACAUGCAGGGCUGUGGCCUGACAGAUGUUGGAGCCAAUGAUAUACUUAGCCUACUGGAUCUGAAUACUUUCAUCCAGGAGUUCCAUGUACGCAACAACGAUGGGAUAAGCCAGGCAUUGCAGCGUACCAUUCACGAACGCCUGCUGCCGCCCGAAAGCGAAGUGAAGCAGGAAGUGGAUUUCGAUUCCAACUGGUUGAAAGACGUAGAAAACGGAAUCUAUACCCAGGGCAAGAAGAAUACUAUCGUCAAACUGCUCGCGUACACCAAGUCCGUUGGGGAGCAGCUGGCCUUCGAGCGCAUUCUACGCCAAAAGGCCGAGGACCUGAACUUAAAGCUCAGCAAGCAACUAAUGUGCAAGAACAGCCAGAUGGCCGCUAACAACGUCGCGCAAGGCCCCGAUAUGCCCAAAGAUCAUAUGCAAAUGAAGAAGGACGUCAAAGUAUCGCCGACACCCCGCCAGAUGCGCAAGCCCAACGAAUAUAUGGAAAUGAAGGAAGACUUCCAAGAGUCGCCGACAUAUCGACAGAUGCGCAAGACCAACGAAUAUCUGGAGAUGGAAGAAGACGUCCCAGAGUCGCCAAGAUAUCGCCAGAUGCGCAAUACCAAGGAAUAUAUGGAAAUGAAGGAUAUCGUCCCGGAGUCGCCGAAAUAUCGCCAGAUGCGCCAGACCAACGAAUAUCUGGAGAUGGAAGAAGACGUCCCGGAGUCGCCGAAAUAUCGCCAGAUGCGCCAGACCAACGAAUAUCUGGAGAUGGAAGAAGACGUCCCAGUGUCGCCGAAAUAUCGCCAGAUGCGCAAGACCAAGGAAUAUAUGGAAAUGAAGGAAAUCGUCCCGGAGUCGCCGAAAUAUCGCCAGAUGCGCCAGACCAACGAAUAUCUGGAGAUGGAAGAAGACGUCCCAGUGUCGCCGAAAUAUCGCCAGAUGCGCAAGACCAAGGAAUAUAUGGAAAUGAAGGAAAUCGUCCCGGAGUCGCCGAAAUAUCGCCAGAUGCGCCAGACCAACGAAUAUCUGGAGAUGGAAGAAGACGUCCCAGUGUCGCCGAAAUAUCGCCAGAUGCGCAAGACCAAGGAAUAUAUGGAAAUGAAGGAAAUCGUCCCGGAGUCGCCGAAAUAUCGCCAGAUGCGCCAGACCAACAAAUAUCUGGAGAUGGAAGAAGACGUGCCAGAGUCGCCGAAAUAUCGCCAGAUGCGCCAGACCAACGAAUAUCUGGAGAUGGAAGAAGACGUCCCGGAGUCGCCGACAUAUCGUCAGAUGAGCCAGACCAACGAAUAUCUGGAGAUGGAAGAAGAAUACCGCUCUGAAUCAUCGACUUAUCGCCAGUCACAAUUCGACAGCUCCGUGACCACCUCGGAGUUGAGUCCACGCAGCGACGCGAAAACGCUGCGUCCGUACGAUGAAUCUGAGGAUACCGAUAGCCGUUCCCAGGCAAUGGACCCAAUGGAGUUCAGCCAUUUGGACGUUCGCAAGGUGCGCAGCGAGACGAAAUACGUUGAGAGUAACGUGAAUGAAGGCAAAAAGAAUCGCGAGUCGAAGUCUGAUCACGAGUUCUCCAACGAACUCCACUUCAAGCUUAAGUCGAUGGUGCACUUCGAGCGUGAUAUUGGCGACAGUGCCAACGUGUCCGCCAAACAACAAAAGCGCGAUCGUUACGAAGAAGCUGGAGACGAGCAGCACAUUGGGACAACUGUCAUGGUCAAGGGCGGUCGUAAGCAAGGGCGUGGUCGCAACGAUGGAGGUGGAGAUGCGAAGUGCAACUCGGUGGGGCAAUUCGAGCAGGACAUUGGUCCCACUUCCAUGAUCAAGGACGGCUAUAAGCAAGGAAACGAUCGUAAAGUGGGCGCUGCAGACGGCAAGCAAGACUCCAUGGAGCAAAUCAAGCAGCCAAUUAAGAAGACAGCCAAGGCCGGCCACAAGCAACGGCGUGCUCGUAACGAUGGAGGUGGUGACGGACAGUUCAACUCCAUGGAGCAAUUAGAGCAGCACAUUGGUCCCGCUGUCAUGAUCAAGGACGGUCAAAAACAAGAGCAAGAUCGUAACGAUGGUGGUGGAGACGGCAAGCGUUCCAAGCAGGCAAAACAGCGACGCCGUGCAAAGAUGCCGGACAGUAUCGAUUAACAUGUUUGGUUGCCAUGUAAUGUUUGUCCGUUUUUUGUUUCAUAUUUUAUAAAGCAACCCAAAUUAAUGGGAGUACAAAAAGUA